AUGCGGCCUACCAUUAUUACGAUUGCUAUUACCUUCGUGCCGGCUGUUCUUAGUGGCGGCAAAUGCAUACGUCAAGGAUCGGAGUGCGAAUGGACUGAUUGCUUGGCAAAAUCUCCUUCUUCAAAUGAUUUUAGCAUUACAGACGCGACAACAGAGUCCAAGUCCAAGUCUCAACUUUGCAACCCCGAAGAUCGCGAAGAUCCCACAUUCCCUGGCUGGAACUGCUGCGAAAAUUAUGGCGCCGGAUGCUGGAUUGGACACAAGACGCUAUGGUGCAAGCCCAAGCCGGACACCCCUCUCGCUGAACCCAUUAUCGGACAUACCUGGGGUUACAACUACGAUGACAACGCACGGGAGUGUAACAGAGUUGGCGGGAAAGUGAUCUCUUACACAGGCUAUGAUGAAGUAUUGGGGCCUACGGUUCGUGUAAAGGGCUAUAAGUGCGUGCGGGCGUGA